AUGUCCCGAUCCGCCGCGGACGCAACGCGGUUCACGGCCACCGGUCCCUACGCCAGCUCCAAGCCCAACGGCGCGCCGUACGAACUGCCCAACUUCAUGCAGAAGGAAAACACGUCUACACCCAAGCAGCCUUCACCACAGCGUGGACCGGAUGGACCGGCCGAGACGCCGAAGCAGAAGGUGGAACGACUGCGAGCGCAGGCACGGGCUGCCCGGAUGGCGCAGUCUUCGACCGGGACGGAUCGAUUAAUUGAGUUCGGUCGACGAUUCGCGAAUAAGGCGCACAAGGGGAUGGUUUACUCGCUCAUUGUUGCUUCGGGUGUCUGCGGUGUCCUCACAGUCUACUCGAUGGUCUCGUUGACCAUGUACAACCGCCGCCAACGCAGCCUAUGGAUUGAAAAGGAAGUCGCGACUCUCAACGAAGCCCGCAUCGCGCAGGCUAACGGCUCCGCCACCGAAGACCAGCUGGAAUUGAUUAAGAAGGAGGAGAUUGCCGAGAUUGUGAAGCAGAAGCGUGCAGAGGAGAAGGCUCAGAAACCCUGGGCCAAGGCUAAGCGUUUCCUCUUCGAGAAGAUGAAUAUGGAAGAUACCGCCGCGCAAGGGGUGACAUCAGCGGCUGCGACCUCUGCGUCUGCUCCGGGUGUGAUGGAUGCUGUGAAGGCGAAGGAGGCGAAGGAUGCCGCGGCGGAGAAGACUGGUUCUCCGAUGCCUGGUCAGUUGGAUGUUAUGGCGGAGAAUGCGGAGCGUGCAACGAAGGAGACGGCGCGCAGUUGGACUAGCCGGCUGACCUUUGGUUGGGUGCGGUAG